AUGGUGCAACUUGUGAUUUGUGUUUUCUUCUUUUGUGGGUCUUUGGCUUUAAGAGACUUUGAACAACCAGCCACUCGAUUAAGAGGCUCAGUCACACACAUUGAUAAACACGUCUUCCAGUUGUUAAAACAAUUGGAAGCCACAUGUAGUGACUUUGUAAUACACAGUAGAAACUUAUUAACUGGGUUAAGUGAACAUCCAAGAGUUUUUAAUACUAAGUUUAUUAAGGCUGUAGAAAACAUUAUUAUUGCUGCUGAACAAUUGGAGAUUGAAAUCAAAUUUGGAAUAAGCAAUGACAAGAAUGAGUACGUACGUGAAAUGGCUAAAAAUUUACUCGAUAUAUUCAGAAAACACCGAUUUGAAAUCAACUUAAAGGAUUUUGUUGACUCAAAAGAAUUGAUUUCCAGGAAAAUUGGAAGACUAAACACUGAUGAAAAUAGUAAGAGACUCCUUGAAAAUUCACUUGAUAAAACUUGUCAGGGUCCAAGAUAUUUUUUGGACUUUUUCGAGGCCUUCACCCAAUUACCAAUUCUUUCAAAUGACGGAAGUUUCCCAAUGUUGGCUUUUAGAUGCAAGUAUCCGUAUUCAAUGGUCUAA